AUGCUGACCACCGUUUUGCUGGCGUCGGCGGCCCUCGCCCAUUUCUCGCAGGCCCAAUUCCCUCCGCCUCGAGAAGGCAUCAACACGGUACGAUCCAAGCACCACGAGGGUAUAACUAUCUCUUAUAAAAACCCGGAGCUGUGCGAGACUACGCCAGGCGUCAAGAGCUACAGCGGUUAUGUCCACCUUCCCCCAUACUCACUCAACGAGGAGGGUGAGGACCAGAAUUACCCCAUCAACACCUUCUUCUGGUUCAUUGAGUCCCGCAAGGACCCGCACCAUGCUCCCCUGUCCAUCUGGCUGAACGGCGGACCGGGAGGCUCGAGUCUGCUGGGCAUGCUGUCCGAGAAUGGGCCCUGCGCCGUCAACGCGGACAGCAACAGCACGACGCUGAACCCGUGGAGCUGGAACAACGAGGUCAAUGUUCUCUACAUCGACCAGCCCGUCCAGGUCGGGUUCUCGUACGAUACCCUCAACAACGGCACCUAUGACCUAUUGGCUAUGAAUGUAAUGGACGACUCGUAUUCGGGUGAGUUCCCCAUCAAGCUGGAUGACUUCGCGGACGGGAUCCCGGAGACCAACUCGACCUUCUACGUCGGCACUUUUGCGAGCCAGAACGCGACGCAAACGCCCAACUCGACCGAGCAUGCGGCCGUUGCUCUGUGGCAUUUCGCGCAGACCUGGUUCGAGGAGUUCCCCGAGUACAAGCCCCACGACGAGAAGAUCAGCCUGUGGGCCGAGAGCUACGGCGGCCACUACGGCCCCAAGAUCAUGGACUUCUUCCACAAGCAGAACCAGAAGAUCGCCAAUGGGGAGAUCUCCGGUCCGGGGACCCAUUAUCUUCACCUCGAUACCCUGGGGCUCGUCAAUGCCUGCAUCGACGUCCUCGUCCAGGAUGAGGCCUACUCCUUCUUCGCCUGGAACAACACAUAUGGCAUCAAGGCUAUCAACGAGACAACCAAGCACAAGCAGCUGUACGAGCUCUACCGGCCCGACGGAAUCGUCGACCAGUCCCGGGAGUGCCAGCGCCUCAACAAGGCCCUCGAGGCCACGGACGGUCCGAAUCUGGACGCGGACUACGUUGAAUCGUACUGCCGCAACGUGUCAUUUAUCUCUUACGACAUUCUCGUUGCUCCUUAUAUGGAGACAGGUAAAUACGGCUGGUUCGACGUCACGCACCCCUCGGCGGACUCGUUCCCCCUGAAUUUCCACCUGGGCUGGCUGAACCAGCAGUGGGUCCAGCGCGCGCUGGGCGUGCCCGUCAACUUCACCUGGGUCUCCCCGAUCGUGUCCCAGGUUUUCACCGCCCACGGCGACAUGGCGCGCGGGGGCUACCUGGAGGGCCUGGCCGACCUGCUCGACAACGGCGUCAAGGUCCACCUGAUGUAUGGCGACAGGGACCUUGCGUGCAACUGGAUCGGCGGGGAGGCGGCGUCGCUCGCGAUCCCGCACCGCCACCAGAAGGCGUUCGCGAACGCGGGUUACACGGCCCUGACCGUGGCCUCGUCUGACGAGCCGCCGUUCGUGCCGUACGGUCUCACCCGGCAGCACGGUAACUUGAGUUUUACCCGUGUGUACCAGGCAGGCCACAUGGUCCCGAGUUACCAGCCGGAGGCGAGCCUGAGGAUCUUCGAGAGGGCCCUGUUCAACAAGGACAUCGCCACUGGAACGUUGGACCUCACGGCGACGGGCGGGUGGAAGAGCGGCGCGGAUAUCUUCCGGACGGAGGGACCCCGGGACACGUGGUGGAAGAAGAACGAGCUCAUGCCUGUGCCGAAGGGGCAGUGCUACAUACUCCAGUUGAUGACCUGCACUAAGGAGGAAAUUGAGGCGCUCGGGAACGGGACGGCUAUUGUCAAGGACUAUGUCAUUGUUGGUAUCGAGGGGUCUGGGGGACAGGCUUUGGCGAAGGGUGACACUUCAGAAUAUGUAGGGACGUACGGGGAUGAAGAGCAACAAAUAGUCGUCGGCGAGGAUGAACUGUGA